GAGGGUACUAGACAGGUAACUCAAGAACUGUUUCUUCAUCUAUAAAAUGAGCCGAUUGGUGAAUAGAUAGAUGAUUUCUAAGGUCCUUUCUGUUUCUAAAUCUUAUGCUUUAUGAGCUCAGAAGGCUAUCAGAACAGUCCAGAAAAAGCACUAAAGAGAGACCUUGAGCUGGAGUGAAAUUGGGUUUGUAAAGAAGGAACAGAUGAGAAAGAGCUAGUAUUAGUAGAAAUCUCCAGAACAUGGCAAGUCAUUGGAUAGGAGAGGAUGGGAGAAUCAACUCCUGGGAUUUGCAGCCUAGGAAGAAACGUGGUGCCACCAACAAAAACUGGAGAGAUGGGAGGACGUGCACCCGAUGACUUCACUUUUAGAGUAGCAUAAUAAUCUACACUCCUGCCUUUCCCCCUAAAGUCCUCAAAACAACUAUCUCCCUUAGACAAACCCAAACGUUUUUAUUUCCUAAGUUCCGAAAACGCACAACUCUGUCGGUGCAAUAAUUCACUACAAAGUCAUAUCAAACACCACAGGAUCUUGGUCUUAGAAAUGAGAUCGUGAAGAAAAUUUAGCUUAAACGAUCCCUUCGCGUUACAGAUUAUUAAAGGGAGUCGCAGAUAAAUGCAGUGACUUGCCUAAAGCCUCACAGCAAGAGGCAGAAAAACGGACCCUCACAACACCGCGAUCUCACCCUCGUUUUUAAGAAUAAUCUCCUGCAAAAUUCUUCAGCGAUUUGGUGCGUCACCCUCACACACUUGGCUUCCAGUUCAACAGUUUCUUCGUGGCCACCAAUUCUUUGACCACACUUCGGGGAAGGUUGGGGAGAAGCAGCCCUUUUCCAACCGAAUUGCAUAACGAACUCGACCCGAGUGAAUUCUGGAGGCUCACACCCUUCCAGGAAAACUAGGGCUCCUGGGGAGAUCACGCCUACAGCUCACCAAGCCCCCUUUCAGAGCGCAACAAGACUCCGCCUUAGAUUGUUUGUCUUCUCUUGGAGGAGGUUAAGAAGAAAUCUUCAUUUUGAAAUUUUUCGAGACCCUUGAUUUUCACAAUGUCGUCCAGACCAUUUGAAAGUCCUCCUCCAUACAGGCCAGAUGAAUUCAAACCAUCUCAUUAUGCACCAAGCAAUGAUUUAUACAACGGAGAGAUGCAUGUCCGGCCAAUGCUUUCUCAGCCAGCCUACUCUUACUAUCCCGAGGAUGAGCUGCUUCAUUUCUACAAGUGGACUUCUCCUCCAGGCGUGAUCCGGAUUUUGUCAGUCCUCAUUAUUGUCAUGUGCAUCGCCAUCUUUGCCUGUGUGGCUUCUACACUUGCCUGGGACAGUGGAUAUGGAAGCCCCUUUCUGGGAGGCGGUCUAGGAGGCUACCCUUACGGAGGAAGUAGUGGCUUUGGAGGCUUUGGUAGCAGCUAUUCCUAUGGCUAUGGCGGCUAUGGCAGCUAUGGCUAUGGAAGUUACACUGACCCAAGGGCUGCAAAAGGCUUCUUCCUGGCCAUGACGGCAUUUUGUUUCAUUGCUGCACUGGUGAUAUUUGUGACCAGUGUUAUGCGGUCGGGAAUAUCCAGAUCAAGAAUGUACUUCUUAGUGGUGAUCAUUAUCAGCGCCAUCCUCGGCAUUCUAGUAUUUAUUGCCACCAUCGUCUACAUAAUGGGAGUCAAUCCGACGGCACAGGCUUCUGGGUCGAUGUACUCAGCUCAGAUAUAUGCUCUCUGCAACCAAUUUUAUGCACCCACGACAACUGGACUCUAUGUGGAUCAAUAUCUUUAUCACUUCUGUGUGGUGGAUCCCCAAGAGGCCAUUGCCAUUGUACUGGGAUUUUUGGUUAUUGUGGCUUUUGCUUUAAUGAUAUUCUUUGCUGUGAGAACCCGAAGUAAGAUGGAGAGAUAUGACAAAUCCAACAUUCUAUGGGACAAGGAAAAUGUCUAUGAAGAGCAGCCUCCGAAUGUAGAGGAAUGGGUGAAGAACGUAUCUGUAGAUACACAAGAAGUACCCCCUGCUCCAUCUGACUAUGUGGAUAGAGUUGACGGUUCUAUGGCGUAUUCUUCUUAUGGCAGAAUGAAUGAGAAACGAUCCUAUCUGGACUCUUCAUACAAAUCAACACCGACCCCAGAAGUGGCCAAAGUGCUUCCGGUGACUUCACCCGUGGAUGAUUUCCGGCAGCCUCGGUACAGCAGCAAUGGCAACUUAGUUUCUACCAAGAAAUCUCAUGGGAAAGGAAGGACAUUGAAAAGAGCUGACCAGGACCACUAUGAGACCGACUAUACAACCGGAGGGGAAUCCUGUGAAGAACUGGAUGAGGACUGGGACAGGGAGUACCCACCAAUAACCUCAGACCAGCAGAGACAACUGUAUAAGAAAAACUUUGACACUGGCCUACAGGAGUACAAGAGCUUACAAGGAGAAAUCGAUGAGAUUCACAAAGACCUCUCUCGCCUGGAUAAAGAACUAGAUGAUUAUCGAGAAGAAAGCGAGGAAUACAUGGCAGCUGCCGAUGAAUACAAUCGACUAAAGGAACUUAAAGCAUCUGCAGACUAUAAGAAUAAGAAGAAAUAUUGCAAGCAGCUGAAAAGCAAAUUGUCUCAUAUCAAAAAAAUGGUUGCGGACUAUGAUCGACAAAAAACAUAAAGAGACGGGGACAAGAAAGUUGGAGAGACUAUGGGGUAUUAUAUAGCCUUGCCUUCUCUUCAAAUAACUUAACCAAUGUUAUCUGAAGACAAAGUAUCUCUAGAGUGUAAUCAAUGAGAAGAUAUCUCUGUCUGUCACCUUUAUAAAGUUUUGAUAGCUAAAGUUAAUUCAAUUUAACAGCAUCAGUGUUGAUAUCUUUUAUAAUUCUUUUUGAUAACUCACCUUCCCAUUCUGAUAUUAAAUCUGGGUACUAGUAUUAAGGACCAAACGCCUUUUGAAGAUUUAAACCUAAUGACGACUUCCCAUGUCACCAGUGCUGUGACUUACACUCCAUCCUCCUGAGACUUCUCAACUGAACAAUGUAACCUCAUUCAAAAACUCUGCAAUGGAGUUGCUACUGCUCUGGUUCACGAUUCAGGUGAACUCCAUAUGGUGACUCUGAAUAUAUUCAAAAUGAAGUUCUUUGCUUUAAAUAGAUUUCUGUCUACUGUGUAUGCUGCGUCCUAAACAACAGCUCCCCUGAUUUCUUCUGAGUGCUGGAAACUAGUUCCUGAGCUGAUGCUACCGAACCAAAAUUAUGCGAGAAUGUCAAGCAUAUGAAAUGUUAAAGUGUCUAUAUUCUACUCUUGAAAAUCAGGGCAUUUAGCCUCCUGAUGAUGUAGGGUAGAGUUUUUGUCUUGUAUUUUUGACUGUCAUUUUCUUGUUAUGGUUUACAUCUUGGUUUUUUUUUAUUUAACCAAUUAGAUGGUCUGUAUAAUAAAGCAUAAAUUACUUUUGUAAUACAGUUAUAACUUGAACCGUAUCUUAUUGGAACUUUUAAGCCCUGUACAUAGUUUUUAUUGUUUACUCAACCUGGUUAACGACACACCCUUUUUUGAUAUUAUAUGAGUGCUGAUUGCUGACCAUUAUUAGUGCUGGCAAAAACCUCUUCCUUGGUGGAAGUAAUUCUAGUGGUAACAGUGUGAAGCGGCAAAUUCACACUACGCUAGUUGGUUACUCUAAUGGUUAAGUUGCUGAAUUUUUGGAUAUUGACAACAGAUUGAUGUGAAAACUGGAGAUAAUAUGGUGUUUUGUGUAAUAGAGAUUUCCACUGAUAUUAUUCAGUCAAAGUGUGUUCUAUUUCUUUUUAAAUUAUGAGGAUUUAAAUAAAUUUCGCUCAACUGGU